AUGCCCCCAUCACCACAUCCUCGCUCCAUCACAGGCUUCCUUGCCACAGCGAAGCGAGCCUUGGUCGCGCCCAAGAGCACGCGACAAGCUCCUUUACACCUUGUGGUUGGCAACGAAGCUGCCGAUCUUGACUCUUUCUGCUCUGCCUUCCUCUACGCCUAUCUGCGAUCUCACACUGCGCCCAACUACACACUACACAUACCGCUCGCAAACAUACCGCACGAGGAUAUCCAUCUCCGCAGGGACGUCGAGUCGGUGUUUGCCACAGCCGGCGUGCAGCGCGACCAGCUCAUCUCGUUGUCAAAUCUCCCAGGCGAAGAGGACCUCAAGCCAGAGGACACAAAAUGGAUCCUGGUCGACCACAACGAACUCACGGGCCCCUUGGCGCAAAGAGGCUUUGGAAAAAGCGUCGUGGGCUGCAUUGAUCACCAUGUCGACGAGGGCACCGUACCCGCGGAUACUGGAGACGAGCCAAGAGUCAUCAGGCCUUGCGGGAGUAAUGUGAGCUUGGUGAUGGAGUACUGCCGGGAGACAUGGGAUCGAAUUGCUCAUGGGGAGGGCGCCUAUGGAGAGGAUGCAGACACAACUCAGCCUGGAAGCCCAAGUGUGGCUGCACAGCUGGCGCGCAUAGCUAUGGGCCCGGUUGUGGCUGAUACGCACUGCUUGAAAUCCAAAUCCAAGACGACGCCCCUAGACAUUGAGACAGCCGACAUGCUUGAGGAGAGGAUCAAGUCCGAGAAGCUAGAAUACGACCGCGAAGCGUACUUUGACGAACUCGGUCGGCUUAAAGAGGACUUGACCGGCUUCAGCUAUCGCGAUGUUCUACGAAAGGACUACAAGGAGUGGACGUCCACUGACCAGGACGGCACGCAGCGUCUCGGCGUGUCGUCGGUGCCUCAAGGUUUUCACUACCUGCUGGAAAAUGUCGGACCGAAAGAGGAUCUCGUCAGGGACGUGCGUGAGUGGGCCAAGGAGCGCCAGCUUGACCUGGUAAGCAUCAUGACAGUGCAGCCCGACGGGGAGCACUUGGCACGUGAGCUGUUGCUCUGCGCGUUCAACAGGCGGGCGACCAUUACGGCAAGGAGGUUUGCCGCAACCUACGCAGAGGAACUGCACCUUGCACCCUGGGGCGAGGAUGGCGAGCUUGACGAUUACGGUGAUGAGGAGGACCGGGUAGAGUGGCGCAGGUGUUGGCACCAGCACAACAGGGAGCACAGUCGAAAGCAGGUUGCACCCAUGCUUAGGGAAAUGAUGAAGGGUGGCAUUUGA